CUGCCCACCUCUGUGUAGAGAAAAGGAGAGUGGAAGAGGGAGGGUGCAACUGGGGCAUUGAGAGUGCUCAACUCAACUCUAAAUCUAUUCAUCCACAUAUGAAAGGUGUUUUCAAGUUUGAUACUACCAUAAACUAUACUCUAAUGGAGUCCACUAACGGAAACAUCAGAACGCCUACCGUGUUUUGCAAUUGCAAGAUGCAGCAUUGUCUGAAAACGGAAUUGUCUAUGAUUGUAAGGAGCAUGGUUCUCAGGUGGCAGGGAAUGGCCAGUUAGCUGCUGACAGACACACUACACUGCUACCAAACUUCCCAGGCCAGAUCAACUGGUCGAACCUCUUCACUCUACUGUAGAUAAAGCAUGCACCAUGGCUAAAGGAGGGAAGAAAGGAGGAGGUGCUAAGGGGAAGAAGGUGACUCUGAAGAUGGCCAAGAACGCUGUGCGUGUGACCACUGAUGGCCACCGCAGACUGGACCUCAGUAAUAUGGGGAUCGCAACCUUCCCCAAGUGUCUCCUCAAACUACCAGACCUCAACGAGCUGGACCUCAGCCGCAACCAACUCAAGAAGCUACCAGACUUCAUUGGUGACCUGGUCUCGCUCAGCUGGAUGGAUCUCCAUAGCAACCAGUUGGACGCCAUACCGGAGACAGUCAGCCAAUUGGUGGCGCUGUCACACCUCAACCUAUCCAACAAUCGCCUGACCUCUGCGGGUCUACCCCCUUCGCUAGGCAACCUAGCCCGCCUACGGAGCCUCAACCUGGGCAUGAACCGCCUGGACACCCUGCCUCCCACCAUGGUGGGGCUUUGUAGUCUCCAAGAGCUGGGCCUGUUUGAUAACCUGUUCCUCUCCCUGCCUGAGUUUAUCAAGGUGUUACCGAGCAUUAUCAGACUCAACACCAAGAGGAACCCUUUGUCCUACGCCCAGGGAGACUCGGGAGCGACGAGGGGUGAAGGGGGGCUGGAGGAGGGGGUGUACCUGGCUAAGGAGGGGAGUCUGUGUGGGUCCUGUUUGGAGAGUUGCAAGAAGGAGAGGAGCUGGAUGCUAGGACGGAGGAGGGACAGAGAAGGUGAUGCGGAGAGCAGGGGUGUGCCGUACUCCGGGCUGGUUACACCAAACUCAGUGGCCCAAGCCAAUCAGGAACAGUGGAGGUGAGGAGUGACCAAUAAUGGUCCAGGGAGAGGUUUGACACUCAAGGACAGCCAAUGAACAAUGGGAUAUAGUUCUACAUAGCCGAUGAGCAAUUGAGCACAGUUCUAUGAUGUGAUGAUUGAUCCAAAUAGACAGUGCUCAAACCAACAAAAUGGACAACAAUGUUGCCAUUGUAAUUUUCGAAUGAAUAUACUUUUCUAUUGAAGUCAGGUCAUAUCAAUGUACGUCACCUGGCACUGUGUCACUGUUUGUUUAGGUCGACGAUGAACAUUUCUUAUUUUACCUGUCAAACAAUGAUUCCACAGGCCAUUAAGAGAGGUUGCCUUCAGUCUUUAUGUUGUAAAAUGUUGAAAUAAAGAAUGUCUUGAAAAUUU